AUGGCUCGUUUUAGAUUUGGAAGUAAACAUAAAAAGAAAGAUCAACAUUCAAUAGACGUAGAUCCCGAUUCUACUACUUCAACUACUGCUUCAUCAAUUACUUCAGAGAAAAAGAGAACCAGCAAAAGAUUCACAAGCAUUUUAAGCUCCCCACUGAAACAAACACAACAACAACAACAUCAUCAACAUCAUCAUCAAUCCCCACAACAAGUAUCUACAAAACAAGAAAUCCCACAACCAGUUCCAGUAAAACCAAUGCCACUGAUUACUCCACAGCCAAGAAUACACAAUCAACCACCACCUUCAGUUGUUUCUCCUUGGAAGAGAUACAAGCUCUAUGAUUCCCCAUUCCCUCGGUAUAGACAUGCUGCCGCCACUUCAUCAAGUGAAAAGAAUGAAAUUUUCAUCAUGGGUGGUUUGAAAGAUGGGUCUGUCUUUGGUGAUACCUGGAAGAUCAUGCCAAACCAGCUCCAUGGAUAUGUUGCUGAACAAAUUGAAGUCUCAAAUAACAACAACCCACCAGCACGAGUUGGCCAUUCAGGUGUACUUUGCGGUAAUGCGUUUAUUAUCUAUGGUGGUGAUACCGUGGACACUGAUAUGAAUGGUUUCCCCGAUAACAAUUUUUACUUGUUUAACAUUAACAACAACAAAUACACCAUUCCAAGCCAUAUUCUCAACAAGCCAAAUGGUCGUUAUGGACAUUCUGUUGGCGUGAUCUCGUUGAAUAAUAGCUCCUCUCGUCUUUAUUUGUUUGGUGGUCAAUUGGAAAAUGAUGUUUACAAUGACUUGUAUUAUUUUGAAUUGAAUUCCUUCAAGUCGCCAAAGGCAUCGUGGGAAUUGGUUAAACCACUCAACAAUUUCAAACCACCUCCAUUGACAAACCAUUCCAUGUCCGUUUAUAAAAACAAAAUCUAUGUAUUUGGUGGGGUAUAUAACAAUGAAAAGGUGUCCAAUGAUUUGUGGGUCUUUGAUGCUACUGAUGACAAAUGGACCCAAGUCAACACUGUUGGUGACAUCCCCUUGCCAGUGAACGAACAUUCUAGUUGUGUUAUUGAUGACAAGUUGUAUAUAUACGGUGGUAACGACUUUAGUGGAAUAAUCUACAGUUCCUUAUAUGCUUUAGAUUUGAACACGUUGGAAUGGACCAAAUUGAGACAAUCUGCUGAAGAAAACGGACCGGGUCCUAGAUGUGGGCAUUCAAUGACCUUGAUUCCAAAGUUGAAUAAAGUUUUGAUUAUGGGUGGUGACAAAAAUGAUUAUAUCGAUAGUGAUCCAAAUAACUUUGACACUUAUGAAACCUUCAAUGGUGAAGAGCUUGGAACUAUGAUUUAUGAGUUGGACUUGAGUACUGUGGAAUAUUUUAUGGGUGCCACUCCAGUUCAACUGUACGUUGCUGAACCAAUAGAACAAGAAGUUGUUGACGAUGAACAAUACGGCCGACCAAGAAAGGUUGCUGCUUCAUCAAGAAAAGAUGUACAAGCCCAUGAUCAUGCACGAAGCUUUUCUGCUGGACCAGAAGAUUUUGCUACUCCACAAGCAUCUGCUCGUGGUUCUCCAUCACCAGAGAGAAGACAGGAUGAUAAUUUUGUGGAAGUUGAUUUACCUUCUGCUACCAUUUCGCAAAUUGAUGAUGAUUCUCCUUAUGAACCAACUUAUUUGAAUGAACCCUCUGUUCCUCAAAUAGAAGAAGAAGAAGAUCAUGAUAACAACAGCAUAGUAAACAACGGGGAAAUUACAGAACCAUUGAGAAGAAGAUCACUUGAUCCACGACAAGAUGACGCUCCUGGGUUGUCCGAAGCUGCAAAUGUUACACCAGCAGUCAUUGGAGGAGGAGCAGCUGCCGCAACAGCGGCAUUGGGUGCUGGAAUUACUGGCAAUGGAUUUGCGUCUAAUGAUGAAGACGUUCAUGACCAUGCACAUACAUUUGUUAAAGAGGACUUGACUGACGUAUCACAUUCUGUUGGUGUGCCAGUGCAAAAAUCCAUUGAUAUUUCGUCCUCGCCACUGGUUGAACAACAACACCCAGAUGGUAAAGUAAAAAAGAUCAUUUCUGAGUUGACAAAUGAAUUAGUUCAAUUGAAGGCAUCUACCAAAGAACAAAUGCAAAAGGCCACAGAAAAGAUUGAACAUUUGGAACGUCAAAAUUCUUUAUUGCAAGAAUCCCAGCUGCGUGAUGUUGACUCUUACACCAAGCAACUCCAUGAAAAGGAUGCUCUUAUUGCUGAAUUGAAAGCUACACUUGAUCCAAAUGCCUUAGAUCCAGAACAACCACAAUCGGCAACUAACAUUUCUGAAUUGAACAGAUAUAAAUUAGAACGUUUAGAGUUGAACAACAAGUUGCUUUAUUUAGAACAAGAAAACACCAAGUUACAAGAGAAGUUUGAAGAGUUUGAACCUUUCAUGGAUCACCAAAUUGGAGAAUUGGACAAGUUCCAAAAAGUCAUCAAAGUGCAAGAGGAACAAAUUGAUAAAUUGACCAACCAAGUUAAAGACCAAGAAAUAUUACAUAAGGAAAUUAACGAAUGGCAAGUCAAGUAUCAAAACUUACUGUUGGAAUUUGACAACUAUAAAGCUAUUCACAAUGAUGAUGAAAUUUCUGAUGCAGAAACUGAUAUUCCGAAUGAUGACCGUUCGAUAUUAAGUACUGCUAAAUCUAGAAAGGAUAUUUCUUUUCAAUUGGAAAAUUUGGUUCUGUUAUGGAGUCAAAAACAUUCCAAUUUUAGUCGUGAAUCAUCCGCUGCUCCUGCUGGGUCAGCUGCUCCAGAAAAUAACCCAGUUGUUGCCAAAUUACAACAACAAGUCGACGAUUUAUUGCGUAUUGGUAAACAAAAUGAAGAGACAUUUACUCAGGAAAUCGAGGCUCUUAAGCGUGAUUUGGAGGAUAGAACUACAUCAUUGAAACUUGCUGAGGAUAAUUAUCGUGAAUCUAUACAAUCGGUUAACAAUACUAGUAAAGCUUUGCAAUUGAACCAAGACGAGUUGAACAAUCAAAGAAUCUUGAUGGAUAAAUUGGUUAAAGAGAACAACGAAUUAAAAAUCUUCAAGAAGGCAAACAGCAAGAGAAUGGUAUCCAGAGAUGGUACACCUAUUGUUAAUGAAUUUCAACAAAACAACGGUGGAGAUACCGAAAACGCUCUUGAUGAUGAUGAGCCAGUUAUUAGUGCAGCACACUACAAUAUGAAAGUGAAAGACUUGGAAGCUGAUUUGUAUAUAUUGAAACAAGAAAGGGACCAAUUGAAAGAGAAUGUUACAUCCUUGCAAAAGCAACUUUAUCUAGCCCAAAAUAAUUAA